UGGAACAAGUUUAGGUGCUGCUGGCGCUACAACACUCAGUUUGCGAGUAUCUGCCCAAAUAACAAGACCUACACCAGUGAGCUAACUGAAAACAAGAACAAGUUAAAUUAUUAGCGACUGAAGAACGCGAAUCGUAACAUCUAAUAAUAUACAUACGUACAUAUAUAUGUGUAUGGCUUCUAAUGUAAAUGAGCGAGCGAUUUCCUGGCCUUGAACUUGAUAUAAAUGCAGUGGUACCAAUUGUUACUUUCCAGUUCAAUCCAACUUAGUUUAUCAAGCAAAUAAAAAUGGCUAACGAUAACGGUUUCGUUAACCACGCGUAUGUACCAACAUCAACAAAUACCUCAACUACUUCCAUACCGGGCGAGUAUCGAGCCAAAUUCGAACCACAAAGCAGUGAUUGCAACGGCAAAAUGGUAGUACCAAUACGCAAUGACAAUACAGAGCCCGUGGAACAGAAAGUUUCUGAUGUUCCCCAGUUGCCUAACGACCCGGUUAUUGUCGAAACUGCAGGGAAGGCACGAGAUACCUGGACCAAUGACAUCGAAUUUCUCAUGUCGUGCAUUGCACUUUCCGUGGGUUUAGGCAAUGUCUGGCGUUUCCCGUUCACUGCACUCGAAAAUGGGGGUGGUGCCUUUGUAAUUCCCUAUAUUAUAGUUUUAUUUUUGGUUGGUAAGCCAGUAUACUACAUGGAAAUGUUGCUGGGGCAAUUCUCCAGUCGUGGGAGCAUCAAAGUAUUUGAUUUUUCGCCCAUCAUGAGAGGCGUUGGAUAUGGUCAAGUGUUUGCCACAGCUAUUGUAUCCACAUACUAUGCCACUUUGAUGGCUCUAACUCUUCGAUAUUUGAUUGAGUCGUGCUAUCCGACAUUACCAUGGAGUUAUUGUCGUGAGGAAUGGGGCGACGCGUGCAUCGAUUCAAAACUCAACAAAACAACGGUUUCCACAAAUGAAACGAAAGUGAAAACCACAUCAGCAGAAUUUUAUUUUACAAAAGUAAUUUUACGGGAAAAGGACUCCAUAGACGAUGGCAUUGGGUAUCCAAGUUGGUCAUUAGCUCUAGCAUUAGCCGUUUCUUGGCUUGUGAUAACCUCUAUACUUAUUAAAGGCAUUAAAAGCUCUGGCAAGGCAUCCUAUGUGCUCGCACUUUUUCCUUAUGUGGUCAUGUUUAUCCUUCUCAUACGUUCACUGACACUGCCAGGAGCCCUUAAUGGUGUUUUGUACUUUUUGAAGCCUCAGUGGGAUAAACUUCUAGAUCCGAAAGUAUGGUAUGCAGCAGUUACUCAAGUAUUCUUUUCGCUCGCAAUUUGUUUCGGAAAUAUCAUAAUGUACGCCUCAUAUAACCGAUUCCGACACAACAUAAAAAGGGACUGUACAAUUGUCACCUCAUUGGACACAUUCACCUCCCUACUCUCUGGCAUUAUAAUAUUCGGCAUUCUCGGCAACUUAGCAUAUGAAUCGAAUACAUCUGAUAUACAAAGUGUUGUGAAGAGUAACACGGGACUGGCCUUCAUUUCAUAUCCGGAUGCCAUAUCUAAAUUUGAAUUUCUGCCCCAAGUAUUUUCCGUGCUCUUCUUUUUGAUGCUGUUUGUACUUGGUAUCGGAAGCAAUGUGGGCAUGGCUUCGUGCGUAAUGACUGUACUUAAGGAUAAAUUUACCAACACGGAAAAUUGGAUUUUAGCAGUAUGCAUCGCUGUUGUAUGUUACGGAAUUGGUCUUAUUUACAUAACACCGGGUGGUCAAUAUCUAUUGAAUUUUAUGGACUUUUACGGGGCUUCAUUCAUAGCUUUGGUAUUGGCAAUAUUCGAGCUAAUCGCAGUUGGCUGGAUAUAUGGAGUAAAAAACCUAUGCCGUGACGUUUACUUCAUGCUUGGCAUAAAAACUUCCCUUUACUACCGCAUAUGCUGGGGAAUUAUUACACCCGCCUUCAUGACUGCCGUUCUGGUCUACACAUUGGUGAACUACACACCCUUACAAUACAAUGGCUACACCUAUCAGGAUGGAUUAUAUGCCUUUGGUUGGUGUCUUUCCGGUUUUGGUAUUGGCCAACUAUUGAUUUGGGGUAUAAGCGAGGUGUGGCACGGGCCCAACGGAACAAUAAUCGAACGAACAAGAGAAAGCUUUAAGCCCGUAGCUGAUUGGGGACCAAUGAAUCCUGCCACUUUGAAGGAAUAUCAUCUGUUCAAGGCAGAUCAACGAACAAAUGAAAUGUUUAUAAAAACGGGCAUCUGUUAUAAAAUUUAUGAUAACAUAUUUGGAUAGAAUUUACUGCCGCAUAUGUAUUUACCUAUACAUAUAUAUGAAUGUACAUACAAAUCGAAUGUAUAUAUGCAUAUAUAAGUUUGUUAAUAGUGAUAUUUGUAAUUGUAUUUAAUGCAGGAAACAUUAAUUUUAAUGUAUUUUUAAUACUGUAUUUGUAAUAUAUGUAAAAUAUUCCAGUGAUAUAGUGGCGCACU